AUGUGCCACUUUCCCCCCCUCUCUCUUUCUCUCUCUCUCUCUCUAUCUAUCUAUCUCUCUUACCUCCAAUCUGCCCUUUCUGUUCCAUUCCCGUUCUUCCCCUUUUUCAUUCGGUCUCUCCCUCUCUUCCCCAUGUUUUUUUUUUUCAUCUUCUCCCUCUUUUUCCCACACUUUUUAUCCUUCGGCUUCUCCCUCUCUUUCGUACUGUUUUCACUCAUCUUCUCUCUCUCUCUCUCCCACUGUUUUCCACUCAUCUUGUCCCUCUCUUUCCCACUGUUUUCACUCACCUUCUCUCUCUCUCUUUCCCACUGUUUUCCUUGCCUUCUCCCUCUCUUUCUCACUGUUUUUCACUCACCUUCUCCCUCUCUUUUCCACUAUUUUUCCUUGCCUUUUCCCUCUCUUUCCCAGUUUUUCACUCACCUUCUCUCUCUCUUUUCCACUAUUUUUCCUUGCCUUCUCCCCCUCUUUCCCCCUGUUUUCACUCACCUUCUCUCUCUCUUUCCCACUGUUUUUCACUCACCUUCUCCCUCUCUUUCCCACUGUUUUCCUUGCCUUCUCCCUCUCUUUCUCACUGUUUUCACUCACCUCCCCCUCUCUUUUCCACUAUUUUUCCUUGCCUUCUCCCUCUCUUUCUCGCUGUUUUUAACUCACCUUCUCCUCUUUUUCUCACUGUUUUUUCACUCAACUUCUCACUCUAUUCCCCAUCGUUUUUCACACCUUCUCCCUCUCUUCCCCUUUUUUUAUCCUUCGGCUUCUCCCUCUCUUUUCUACUGUUUUCCAAUCAUUUUGUCCCUCUCUUUCCCACUGUUUUUUCCUCGGCUUCUCCCUCUUUUUCCCACUGUUUUUUUUUCACUCACCUUCUCUCUCUCUCUUUCCCACUGUUUUUCCUUGGCUUCUUUCUUUCUCACGCUUUCUUUUCACUACCUUUUUGCAAUAUGUCCUGAAAUUAUUCUGCCUGAACUGUUCACUUCGUCACUUUUCGUAAGCGCUGAGAUCUCUCGACUGAAUGUUCUCUGGCCGGAAGGGAAAAAAAACUUGAGUGCAUCCCCACACACACCCUGCGUCUGUCCGGCUUGGCGCAACGUGCAUGCAGCGAAGAAUUUUGUAGUCUCCAAGACUCGCUCGUCUCAAGUUUGGAAUCAUUUUGAAGUGCUUGGUGGAAUCUCUUUUCCCAGAGUGUCUAUGUUUCUCCCUGCCACCCCCUCUCUCUUUCUCUCUACAUGUCUUCUUUUUACGCUUACCUCAUCAAAGAAAUCAAUUUAUGGAUUAUUUUUUUUCUUAUUUUCACUUUUUUGUUUCCUUCUUAAUUUAUUUUGGUCACAGCGUCGCUCCAGUUUUCUUUCGUCUUGGUCAGCUGUCUCUCAUAAGAUCUUUUGGGGAUCUAUUUAA